CAAAGCUUGCAGACAAGCUGCCCGCUAGUUGACAGGGCUAGAAGCUAGAGCGAUUCGUCGACCGGCGGCCAUGUCGCUGUCCUCGACCUCCAACAAGACGCUGCCCUACUCGGCGGACGGUGGCAGCUACAGCACCCACGACACGUUCGCCCUCCUCGUCAUCGGCUUCAGCGUCACCGCCGCCUGUGUCUUCAUAAUCGCGCUAUUCGAUUGCCUGUGCUGCCGCCCGCGCCGCGCUGGCGGCCGCAGGAUCGUCUUCGUGGGCGCGCGGCCGUUCUUGGUGCGUGGCGGCGGCGAUGGUGGGCUGAGCCCUACGGCCGUGGCCGCGCUGCCGUCUUUCUUGUAUCGCAGAGGCGUGGCCGUCCGCGGCAACGACGAUUCGGACGGUCGUGGCGAAGGCAGCGGCGGUGGCCGCGGGUGGGCGCAGUGCGCGGUGUGCCUCAGUCUGGUAAAGGAAGGAGAGGUGGUGAGGCAGCUGCCGGCGUGCAUGCACCUGUUCCAUGUAGGCUGCGUCGACACGUGGUUGCACUCCCACUCCACUUGCCCUCUGUGUAGGGCCACGGUAGAGGCUCCUUCCAAAGACCAGGUGCCUCCUGUGUGAUUAAUGCGAGAUUUGUGCAGCGGUUUCUGUGCUAUGUAGCAUAUUUUUGUACAUACCAGAUGUAGAAAUUAUUGUACUACUACGUGUGCGUACCAAGAAUUCUGCACCAAACUAAUUCCACGUGUUCUGUUC